AUGGACUCAAUCGCAGACAUUUGCGACACGUUUUGCGAUAAUCUGAGCGAAUUUAAUACAAAAGGUGAGCCGAUAGAUAUGCGCAGAUACUUAGGUGCAUUAACUAUGGACGUGAUCUGCAGCUGCGCCUAUGGUAUAAACUCGGAGUCCAUUAACUUGCGGCGACCAUCUAUUCAUCCCAUUGUGGCCAACGUUAAGAAAAUACAGGGCGUGGACGCAAGUGUGAGCAUGCUCACUUCCGUGUUAGCACCCGGGGUAGCCAAAAUGUUACGCUUAGAGCUGUUUGACAAAAAUGCACUCAACUAUUUCGAUGAACUCACCAAUCAAAUAAUGAAUGAGAGAAAAACCAUAAAUAAACAAAUCGCCGAUAAGUUAAGGCUUACCAAUCUUCGCACAGAUUUCAUGCAAUUGAUGAUAAACUCAGAAAAAUCGGACAAAGACUUCGGAUACGACUCGACCAGCGAAGGGGAUCCGGAUGUGUCGACCAAACAUCCGACCAGAAGGCCUACGAGUCAACUGACACCGGACGAGAUCACAGCGCAAGGCAUCGCCUUUUUUAUCGGCGGCUAUGACACCACCAGUGCUGCCCUAACCCACGCCAUAUACUACCUGUCCCUUCACCCGGAAUGUCAGCAGAUAUUGUAUAAAGAGUUGAAAACGUGCGACGAUUUUACUUACGAAAAGUUGGGUCACUUGAAGUACUUGAAUGCAGUGAUCAAUGAGACCCUACGUCUGGCCCCACCCCUAACCCGUUUCCAACGCCAGUGCCUACAGGACUACAAAUUAGGAAAUACAGGCAUAACUGUACCAAAGGGCACGUCCAUCGAGAUAUAUACUUACGCUUUACACCGGGACCCUGAGUACUGGCCCAACCCUAACGACUUCAUACCCGACCGGUGGUUUGAACCGACACACCAUCCCUACGCCUAUAUACCAUUUGGAAGCGGACCCCGACUAUGCGUCGGACAACGGUUUGCAAUAAACGAGAUGCGAAUGUGUUUGGCCAUGCUCAUAAAUAGAUUCGAGUUUACCCUGGCUCAAAAACCGCAAUUGGACUACUUCAUAUGCAACACGUUAAUGUCGCCGAAAAAUUUGCUGGUCACUCUUGAAUCCAGAGAGUAA